AUGCCAAACAGUUACAACUGCGGAGCCGAAGGCCACGUCAGCCGAGAAUGCACUGCUGCGCCCAAGCCAAAGUCUUGCUACAAAUGUGGGAAUGAAGGACACUUUGCGCGCGACUGCCCUCAAGCUGGUCCUCCUGGAGGUGCAGGAGGUGGCUGGGGUAGCACUGGCGGCAACACCUACGGUGGCGGCUCGUCUCGAGAAUGUUACCGCUGCGGAGGGCAGGGCCACAUAGCGCGCGGCGGCGGCGGCGGCGGCGGCGGGUUUGGCGGCGGGUUCAAUCGCGGUGGUGGAGUGACUGCACCCAGGGUCGAACUCAGAAAUGCUACAACUGUGGCGAACAGGGUCACCUCUCUCGCGAUUGCCCAUCUGAACCAUCCUCUGAGCGCAUCUGCUACAAAUUUCGGGUACGGAUGGGGAGGAGGAUGGGGCAAUGGGAACGGAAAUGGCUGUCCUCCUUGGGCCAGCGAUUGUGACAGCUCCGACGAUAGCGGCGAUGGUAGUGACUCUUCGUCUUCGAACGGCGUCUCCCAAAGCUCGCUUUUCUCCUCACCAGCAGCGUUCGACCACGCAACUCGCAUCUUGAUCGCUCACGCUGUGCUGGCCUCUGCAGUCUGGGUUCUCUUUGUCCCGUCACUCGCUAUCCUACUACGCCUAAACAUCAAGAAUCCUAUUGUGCUCAAGAUGCACGCCGUGGGCCAAAUCCUCAGCUACAUUAUAUUCAUCGUCGCUGCGGGCAUGGGCAUAUGGCUUGCACAGCAGUCUGCCGCCUUCGGUGUUUGGAACGACCCUCACCCGAAGCUUGGUCUUGCGAUCCUGGCAUUGGCUUUCUUUCAGCCAAUUUUCGGAUCUCUCCACCAUUCAAUCUACAAGAGACGUGCUCAGAACGUCCAAGCCGGCAAGCCAACAAAACCCCCUGGUCGGACGACCCCUGGACGUGUCCACCUCUGGCUCGGUAGGCUUCUGAUUGUGCUCGGGAUGAUCAAUGGCGGCUUGGGCAUCAGAUUAGCAUCCUUCAGCCCAUUUCAAACCGAUGCUACCUCCAAGGCAAAGAUUGCCUAUGGUGUCAUUGCAGCAACCAUGUUCUUACUCUACCUCGUGUUUGUGGUCACCUUUGAGAUCAGGAAGUCGAGGGCGAGCACGGAGGAGGUGCGAAGCAGUCAGCAGGUGGUCACCAACAAGGAUGGGUUGCCCUCGUAUGACGAGAGUGAGGAAUCUGUGGGCAGACCCAGCAGAUACAGCUAG